ACUGCCUAUAUAUUCAGUCGUCAUUGACACUCGAUCGCUCUACAGGACGUCUAUUUGUCAACGCAGAUUCUUUGCUAUUCUUUGUACCUAGCAAGAAACUCGUUCGUUCUCUUUGUUGUUGCGCCUACUCUGUACGUAUCCCUGGGUCUCUUUUCCAUUACUUUCUGUUACGUAUAAAGCCGCUGUUUUGAAAGGGCUUGCUGUUAUAUUUCAUCGCUUGUUUAAUGGUCUUGGUACUCGGACACUGACAUGUACUUCAUUGAAGAAUAUACUACAUUCACCUUGUCUAAUCGGACACUCAAAACCUCAGCAAACACAAUUGACAAAAAUACAAACUACUAAAAAUGGCUGAUGACUACAACUACGAGAUCGACAUCUAUGACGAUGAAAACGAUACCUCGUCAGCACCGCAAACCAGCGCAAACACGACGGCCGGACACGACGACGACGUCGAGAUAGACGCGGCCUUUGGCGAUGAAUCGAAGCAACAAGUGCAGCAGCCGAGCGGCGGAAAGUGGCAUGUGACGGUACCCCACCCGCAGCCUGAUAACCGGCCUGUGGAUCAGUAUGCGACCUCUUCGUUGGUGAUCGCCGAUCUCGACUGGUGGACGUCGGAGGAGGAUGUGCGUGGGUGGUCGGCGCAGGCGAACGUGGAGUAUGAGUUGAAGGACAUUACGUUCAAUGAGCACAAGGCGAACGGAAAGUCGAGAGGAGCUGUGUAUAUGGAAUUCAUCAGCCCGCAGGCCGCGACUGCAGUCAAAACAUUCCUGGGCGGCGCUCCAGAGCUGCAGCGAUUCACGGUAACCUACCACAACCCCAACAGCAACCCGUUCAAGAUGGUGCACAAGGACUCUGGCCCGCGCCGGGAGAUGAACGGAGGCAUGAACCACCAGCAGAUGGGCGGCGGCAUGAACAACAACAUGCGCGGGGGCAUGGGCAUGCGCGGCCGCGGCGGAUACAUGAACAACCGGGGCGGGUACAACAACAACCGUGGCGGCGGCGGCGGCGGCGGACCGGGCGGGAUGCCGGGGAUGUACAAUCCGAACAUGAACAUGGGGUUCAACGGCAUGCCGAUGAACGUGUUUGGAUUCCAGGGCGGGCGCGGAGGUAUGCAGAUGAACAACAUGCGCGGCGGGAUGGGCAAUGGUCGGGGCCGGGGCGGGAUGGAAGGCGGAGGCUACAAUCAGAUGAUGGGCGGCGGCUUUGGCGGAUUCCCACCGCAAGGAUUUCCCCAGCCACACUUUAAUCCUGCCUUUUUCCCGGGCCAGGACGGCGGCCAGGGAGGAUGGCAGAACGACGGCAAUCCGCACGGGAACAAGAGGCAACGUGGGCCGGAUUAGUGAGAUGGUGUAGUAGCGGUCGUUUGCUAGCAGAUACGAGGUGUUCAUGAGAUGGCUGGCUGUUUGGAGAAAAGGCAGCACAGCACAGCGACGAAAGCAGGCUGAAUAUGAAAGAACAAUUACAAACAGGACCAGCAGAGUAGAAGAAGACCAAACGCGCUAAGCAGGAAGGAGAAAGUAUUCUCCGCGCGCGCGUAGCCGAAUUAAGAUUUGUAGAUUGGCGUACUGCACCCAAAGAGCGCCGGGUGCAGGUCUGGGGUCUGUCUGCAUUUGCUGCAAGUGUUUGUUGUAUUUGGUACCUGUCUGCGUUAGAUUGUUUACUUAUUCUGUGUUGUUUCUCAAUUUGUGUUGCAGAACAGCAAUUUACAGCAGAUUACAAUC